CUAACUUUAACACUAAUACUGAUGCUUGGAUCUAAGGCUGUAUAUUUACCCUAAAACUGACUUUAACUCUAACUUUAACACUGAUAUUGCUGCUUGGUUCUAAGACUGUAGCUCAACCCUAAAACUGUCUAUAACUCUAUCUUUAACACUGAUAUUGCUGCUUGGUUUCUAACAAUGUAGAUUAACCCUAAAACUGGCUAUAAUUCUAAGUUCAACUGCUGAUUUGUUCAAACACUGUAGAUUAACCCUAAAACUGUCUUUUACUCUAACUUUAACACUGAUACAACAACUGAUUAAACAAUGUAGCUUAACCCUAAAACUGUCUUUUACUCUAACUUUAACACUGAUACUGCUGAUUGGUUCCAACACUGUAUCUUAACCCUAAAACUGACUUUAACUCUAACUUUAACAUUGGUACUGCUGUUUGUUUCUAACACUGUAGCUUAACCCUAAAACUGACUUUAACCGUAACUUUAACUCUAAUACUGCUGAUUGGUUCUAACAAUGUAGCUUAAGCCUAAAACUGUCUUUUACUCUAACUUUAACAGUGAUACUGCUGAUUGGUUUUAACAAUGUAGCUUAACCCUAAAACUGUCUUUUAUUCUAACUUUAACUCUAAUACUGCCCAUAGAAUAAACACUAUGGCAUGACAUUACAUUACAUUACAUCGCAUUGCAUUAUACUUGGCAGACGCUUUUGUCCAAGCCUAUGUACAUAUAGUAAUUGAAGUUCAAAAACGUAAUAGAAGAAAAAAACACAUUUAAGACAGUGCCUAAAUAGGCCAACUGGAAAUAGAGGAGGAAUGGGGUUGAAGAAGGAAAUGAGGUUAGAAGUAGUUAGUUAGAGGUGUUAGGAGAUUAAGUGCUCUUAAAGAUAGUGAGAGAUUCUCCUGAUCUGGUAGUGGAAGGUAGUUUGUUCCACCAUUGGGGAACUCUGUAUGAGAACAGUUUGGAUUGCUUUGUGUGAAUGUUUGGCAAAGCGAGGUGACGUUCAUUGGAGCAGUGCAGCGGCCGGGAGGUAGCGUAAGCCUUCAGGAGCGAGUGCAGGUAGGAAGGAGCUGUUCUGUCAUCACCUUGUAGGCGUUUGUAAGAGCUUUGAAUUUGAUACGAGCAGCAACUGGUAGCCAAUGGAGCUCAAUGAGCAGCGGGGUGACAUUUUUCCCCCUUUUGGCUGGCUGAAGACCAGACGCGCUGCUGCAUUUUGGAUCAUCUGAAGUGGUUUUAUAACGCAAGCAAACAAACAAACCUACUAUUGGUUCUCGCACUAUGAUUUGACCCCAUUGUUUAACACGAUAAACUGACCCUACUGUUGACUCAACUGUUUAACAUAAUAGAUUGACUAUUACUGUUUGUCCGAACACAGUGUCUUUACACUACCUCUAGGGAUAGUGCAAGUGAAGUAGUGCUAAGGAGCUAAGAUGCUGUCACUGUGAUAAGAGAGUCGAUUUCUGGAUCACUCUGCUUGCCAUCAGCAGCCAGAGUCCGAGAUGCUCUUUCGGGGAUAAGUAGAUGGUGCUCCUCCCACAUCACUCCUAAGCAAUGUCUGUUAACUGAGGAGCCAUGCUUCAGUCAAAAAAGAUGUUCUUGUAUUUUUUUAAUGUUAUGUAUAUCUUUUUGUAAGGUUUCCACAUAACAAACACUUUUUAACAACUAUUUCCAAAUAGGAUGGCAGAACUUUGUCAUAUGUUUGUUUGCUGUUAUUAUGUCUUCUUACAUCACUCUUUUGGAAUACUACCCCUACAACCUUGCAACAACCAAGCGAGCACAUGGAGCUCCACAUCAAGCAGACUGCAACCAACAUAAAUAGUAAAGCAAGAAUAGCAACCUUUUAGAAACACCAGACCAACCACUUGUGAAUUCCUUUUGGGUUGUUUAAUCAAUCUUUAUUCCCUUUACAAAUGGCACUUUUCUGGGCUGUUUUUUUACUGUUAAUAUAUAAAAUAAAUAAAUGGUUCACUAGUUCAAACGUGACCACACACAAGACUGGGGAAACUGGGGAGGUAGCACAAGUGCAUGAAAACUUUCUAAACAGUCAUGACACACACACACACACACACACACAUACACAAGCACACAUAGUGCAGCCCUGCCCUUUAGUUCACAACUGUCUGAGCGCAGGGGUCUUACAAUUAACUUUACAGCUGAUAGUGUCAGAGAGAGAGAGAGAGAGAGAGCGAGGAACAGAGUGUAAGAGAUAGAGUAACUGUAACUGUGAGGAUCUGAGCUGCUCUGUUUCUGAGUGUAAAUACAGACUGUACUUUAGGAACACUAGUAAAUCAGUCGAUGCACUGUUGCUAUUGCAGAUACUGGUUACAUUUGGUUUUUGGAGAAGCAAACUUGGAACCUCUUUAUACACUCCUGAAGUUAUCUGGGUUUUAGGCAGUGUAUGCGGAUGGCUGUAACUCAAGCUGUUCUUCCCUCAUUCAGCUCUUUCUCAAACGUCAGCAACACUACACAAACCAUGACGAUGUGGAAGUAUGAGGACUGUCCGAUGAGCAGCCUCCACUCACCGUCUGAGAGAACCGUGUCUGUGAGCACAGAUCACGUGGAUGCCGCUCAACACCUAAGACACCAGGAACAACACUCCCAGGACAAUGAGGGAUGCUGGGAUAUGGAAUUGUUGCUGUCUGAGUGGGGGAGCACAUCUCCAGACCAGAACAGUGCUCAGAACUACAUUUCCCAGAGUUCUCUGCUGCAGGACGGAGGUGGGCAGAGGGGACCAUCUGGGCUGGAUAUCCAGUUUGCCAAUCAUACAGGCCCUCUGGUGAAUCUUCUGUCCAAUGAGAGUGUGACCUCAUCUCUGCCCACGCAGCUCUACAGCACCACCUACAGUGCAGAGCAUCAUGGGAAGGGUGUCCAGCCCUUACCCACAUCCCACUUGCCCAGCUUCCCUCACUCAACUGACCGUAAAGCGAGGUCAUGGGAGUUUGGACACCACUAUCCCCAUGUGACUCACCUGUCAGAGGGGGUUGGGCCUCUGGAAACGAUAGCCCCGCUCCCUAAUUACCAGUACACUUUUGUCCAAAACCAUGCCCAUUCCAGGCCCUAUCAACCCCAAGCUGGAUAUGGCUACUUCCCAUCCUCCCAUUCUCACUCUGCCAGUGUUUUACCAGACUCCACAGCACCCCCAGCUGCAGUGGAGGUGAAGCGCAGCCGCAGAACAGCGGGCAGGAGGAGGGUGGCCAUGCACUGCUGCAGUUACCCAGGCUGCACAAAAACAUACACUAAAAGCUCGCACCUAAAAGCACACUUGCGCACACACACAGGUGAGAAGCCGUACAGCUGCAGUUGGGAUGGGUGUGGUUGGAAGUUUGCUCGUUCUGACGAACUGACACGUCACUACCGUAAACACACUGGCCUGAAGCCAUAUGAAUGUAUGCUGUGCCAGCGGGCCUUUAGCCGCUCGGACCACCUUGCACUACACAUGAAAAGGCACGCCUGAUACACACCCAAAGACAUACUGACAUGUAUAUAAAAGAGAUAAUUGAUGUAAAUAUAUAAAAUUAACUCAUAUCCUCUCAGGACUCUAAAGUAAGUGGGUGCAUCCCAAUUGCGUACUAAUUACUAAUACUAACUAGUUUUUGAGUAUGAAGUAUGUUGUACAAUGCAAUGCAAAAAGGAAAGGAGGAGCUGCUUACUUCUGAAACAAUAUUUGAAAAAAAAAUGGCACAUAACCAAGCAAGUGCAGCGGCAAAAGUGGCUUGAUAUUAUAUUGUUGCUGUCCAAUGAAAACAAAGUAUGUCAAUUUUGUUAAAUUUUAGUUUACUACAUAAUUUGAACACAUAAAUUGUCCCUUACACUUUCUUGAUGAAUGGACCAAUAUAUAUUUUUCAGAAUGACCUGAAAUUAACCCUGUAACCCUCAAAAUAAUCCUGUAAAAUUUGUAAAACUGUUUUGUUUGGACAGUGACGAAAUGAGCAUAUGUAACAUAUGAACUUGUAUAGCAAUGCUUUAUCUCCUUCUGUAAAAAUACUUUGAUACCUUACUUAAAUAGAAAUGUACUUUUUAUAUGUAUAUUAAACUGGAGUAAUUAUUUUUUACUUUCAUUUUUACCUCUAGUCCUUAAAUUUUAAUGCAAUUAUCUGAAGCGUCUACUCCUUGUAUUUUAAAAAUAGUCGUGUUACUCCUAUUUAGCUAUUUAGCAGACGUAUGUAGCCUAGUAUGAUUCGUGCAAAGACUCAGAACUCGAGCCAAAUGUCUCAACUAAGCUUCUUAAUAUAUUUACCUUGUAUUAAAACGCAUUAAUUUUCAAUGAGCAUAUAUGCGUCUGGGCGGGGGGUUGUGCACAUUAGGCUCCUAGGGCACAGCCUAAGUUUAUUAUUGUUAUUUUCCCCCUUAUAUUACUUUUACUUUUAUACUUUAAGUACUUUUACACUUUUACAUUUUAACUUGAUAAAAAGCUUGAGUUGAUACUUUACUUUUAAACCCUUGUGUCUAUAGGUCUACCUGAAUAAUGAAUGUCAAUACUUUUGGCACCUUUGAGUAUGUACCUUAUAGUAUUAACGUGUAGUACGCAAUUGGGAUGGAGCCUGAGUUUAGGGUUUUCUGAGUUUAUCUGCUGUAAAUUAAAGUGUCACCCAUCUGGAACAGCAGAGGGAGCUGUAAAGCAGGGAGAGAGAGAAAGUGAACAGAACACAGUCUUGGCCACACACACAGAGAGGAGAGAGAGAUCUGCAGUGGGCUCUGAGUGGAAUAGAGGUUACACAAUCUUCCCCAGACUGUAAUAUUCCCCAGAGUGACCCAAAUGUCUACUUCAGAACUGCUUCUUCAACACCCGAUUCUCUAUGCGCUCCAGUGGGUCAGCCUAAUACCGGUGCCCUGAAUGUACAAACAAAUAAACACAGCCAAUAUGUGUAUCUAUUCAAAAAAUAGAGGUGUGAUUAUGUAACAGUACAGAGUGAAAAGUUUAUUAAUUGUCUUACAUUGAUUAUAUUGAUGUAUGUGUUUAUUGUUAUAGCCUAUAUCUCACCACUGUUUUAUACUUUUAUUUCUAUAUUUAUAUAAACUGACAUCACAAUAAAGUGACAAUGGGCUUCAAUAAGUGUAGUACUGAUUAUUUACCCAAAAACAUCAAUUAACAAGUCAACAACAGAUAAUAUGACAUUCUGUAUAAUAUGACAUUAAAAUACAACACCUGUAAUAAACACAACUGCAAUUAGCAAUACAACACCUGUAGUUAAAACUGAAAAACGCAUUUAAUAAACAACACCUUUAAUACCAAAAACAACAUUAAACCCAACAGUUAACCUUCACUUUAAGUCUUCUGAGAUUUAUACAGAAUGUUGAUGAUGGUAAAAUAGUCGCACAUUGGGAAGAAUACCAUUUUAAUGAUGUGUGAUUUUAACACAUAUAUUUUAAACACAAAAGGCAUAAGGUAUUGUUUUCAUAACCAUUUGGUGUAAUAAUAUCCUGUAGAGGAACUGAGUGUUCAGUUACUCAGAUCUACUAAUCAGAAGAAUUUUAUCAGACAGGUGUGUUUCUAAUUAAGUGUUCUCAACUUACAAACUUACAACACUUUAAUCUUAUAUAAUAAACAUUUAAUAACUGCAAAAGUAUAAAGUAAAUAGUACACAUUUAAUGAUAAUCUGUAAUGAUCUCUUGCAAAACUCCUCACUUCCAGAUUUAAAGCCUGUUAAUAAAGAAAAAGGGUAGACACAACCUCUCCUAUCAUCUUUUGAGAUAAUAACUCUAAAUCAGUUCAUAUCUUUUCUGAAAUUGUUAAUAUAUUUUUCUGAAAAUUACUUUCAACAUCUAAAAAUAAUUGAUUUUGUUUGUAUUCAGUUAAUUCACAUGGUACACAUUGUACAAAUUUCUUUGGGCCUGGGAUUGUAAUUACACCAAAAUACAUAAUUAAAACAAUAAAUAAUGACAGCGAAAAUAAUUAUGUAAUAAUAUAAAAUA